AUGGAUGCAGCUGGCGCUCACGGUGAAACCCGCACCAUCCCCUUACAGCUCGAUAUUGGCUAUGUAGAUGUGCCACGCGAUGCAUGCUUUUCCUGGCUGCAGCACAAGUACGCCAACAUCAAGCCUGUAGCGGAGACCCCUUCUCCAGACUCGAAAGAAAAGAAGCCGCGCAUUGACUCGGCCCUCCUGCAGCGCCUCGAAAAUGAUGCAAUAGCCUGCGAUGAACUGCGGUGGCGGGCCUUUUCCUUCCCGUCGCACCCACACCAUCCUCUGAACGUCAACUACCGGCAUGACCCUGGCAGGAAGGCUGGCACGCCAGCCACGGCGAUCGCGCUACACCGCACAAAGCAACGUUCCUCGCAGGAAGCAGAGCUAGCUGCAGACGGACAGAAAGCACCCUACACUCUCGUCAUUAGCACUCGGGCAGACAGUGAGGCGAAGAGGUGCUCCAUGAAGGACAAGCGAAAGGCAAGGGACAGCUCAGCCGCUGCUGUAGUAGCCGCCAGCGAUGUACCCGUACUGAAGGUGGAGGAACUGUUGGACAAAGUCAUCCAGGAGGAGAAGCAGGUGUACUGGUGCCGUGUUCUAGGCGAAGAAAAUGUCGGCCACGAGGCUCCUGGCACGUCCACCUGGGCAGCUCGGAGGAUCGCACGCAGCUGGAGACCACUUCUGGGCGGCUACGUGAGCGCGCCGGGCAACGUUGAUCAGGCGCGUUUCUUAAUCUUUCCGCAGUCCGGACACCCCACCGUGGACACACGUGACCCCAAAGCGCUCUUCAAUGCGCCUGGCAAGUCGCUUGACAGCCCGCAGAGUGUGCCGUAUUACGUACGCGGCAGCGCGAGCUGGAAAGUUGAGGAAAGCAACCCGGCUGCAGGGGCUGCAGCACCAGCCCGCGCAACUCGGGAUGAACUGAGCGAUGCAUCAGCGACGAGGGGAGGCCUGCACCAUAGCCUCACCUAUGCGCGCAUCAACCCUGUGACAGCACCAGGGCAACGCAACUGGGCCGACGCGGUGGAAAUCUCUACCACACAUCAGCUGACCCGCACGGAGCGCCAGUAUUCACCGGAAAGGGCGAAGGUGCAGCGGGUGACGCUGCUCGAGGACUCGUUCGCUGUCAAGACGAGCCAAGGCAACCCACGCCACAGCACUCUCAUUUCCGCAACGCGCUCCACUGUGAUGAACAGCGGAGCCAAGCACCAGGGCGCGGUCCCCGCCUCCUCCUCUGCCUCAAAGAAGAGCUCCAAGAAGGGGACGGCGUCAGUGGAUCCGAACGACGCACUGCUGCAGCUGCAUGUCGAGGACGUCUACGACAGCAGCGUGCAGCACUUUGUGCUUCCCAGCAUCUGGCAGCGCUGGAUGGGGCCUGGUGCAGCCACAGCCUUCACAAACAAAUCUGAGCACGUGACUGACUCGUACUCACUCGACAAUGUGUCGCGUGUUCUCUACCGCAUGCGCUGGUCAGGCGGGCCGGGAGUGGAACUGUGUCAGGCCGGUGGCGGCACGGACGGCGCAGACUCAGCGAAGUCACUCUCCGCGCACACGUCGUACCUGACUAUUUUUGGCAAAUUAUGGUCAGAGUCGUGGGUGCAGGUGCCACUGUCCUCGCGGUGGACGCUGACGCUGCGCAACCAGUCUUCCGUGGUCAUGCCACUGGAGUGGAAUGCUGUUGUGGCCCCACCAACGGCAUCCAAAGGGGGUACAGAUGCGGAGCCAGCGGAUGCUGCUCCACUUGCAUCCGAGGGAACCAGCUCUUGGAUGGGUCGAGUUUGUAUGCACCCGUACUUCUGGGCGACUCAGGGGCCUCGGUGGGACGCAGCGCUCGUACGCGGCUUUAGCAAUGACUACAACGGUCUCCAUCACGCACGGCGGUGGUACUCGAUUGUCUCAGCGGAGCUAGAACUGAAGAGAGGGAAGCAGGCGGGCAGCAGAGCACGCGACAAGAGGUGCCACCGCGCUGCGCCACCGCCACCGCAGAAGAACAGCAGCACAGGUGGCGAAGGCGAGAAUGAGACGACGAUGCCUGGCGGAAACACGGAAGACUCAACACUAGUAGCUGGGAGCCGGUGGAGGGGCACCUCGCUGACGGCCUUUGCCAACGCCUGCAUGGUCGACAACGUGCGCGACUACCCGCGCGCCUCCGUUGGCUUCUCGUUUGUCUCGCACAUACCGCGCCUCGCCAUUACUCCUUUCAACGAAAUUGUCCCUCGAAAGUUCGAGUGCUGCUUGAGCUGGUUUGCCGCCUUCAAGCCCGUCACAGGCGACGGAGCUAGCGGCAAAGGAGGGAAAGGGAACACUGGGUUCGGGGUGGAGCUGCAGAGCGGAUUAUCACAAGCUGGGCUCUCUGCCGCUUCGCCAACAACGACAGCUGACGGCAUGCCGCUCCUGCGUGUGUCACCCGUGGAGACGUUUCAGCACGUGAAGUGCGGACUGACUUGGCUCUUUGACGACUAA